AAAUAUAAGAGGCGAGGAAGGCUCAAGGCAGGCAGACAGAAAGGCUCAGGACAGGCGGCGGUCUUUAAUAAUCUCUUCAAAAUGCUGAUUAAAGUCAAGACACUGACUGGGAAGGAGAUUGAGAUUGACAUCGAGCCGACAGACAAGGUGGAGCGGAUCAAGGAGCGGGUGGAGGAGAAGGAGGGCAUCCCACCACCCCAGCAGCGCCUCAUCUUCUCCGGCAAGCAAAUGAAUGAUGAAAAGACAGCAGCUGACUACAAGGUCCAAGGAGGCUCAGUGCUUCAUCUGGUGCUGGCUCUGAGAGGGGGACUGUCUUCCUAGGUGCUGUCUCCCCCUCUCUCUCCUCUUCCUCCUGUUUCUUCCUAUCCUCUUCUUCCUCCCAGCACUCACUAAGUAAGCUCUGGAAACUAAAGCACCUCCAGUAAGGUUAUCUGGGGAAACAAGGCAGGAACUCUGAAGAUCUUCACCAUUAACUGAUUAUUUGACACUUUCCAUUUCCUUUUAAGAGUUUGAGAACAACCAUUUUUUUUUUUUGCUAAUUGAAGUUGCUUUUUUUUUUCCUGGUUAUUGAUGUAUUUUUCCAUGCUGUGAAUUGUGUAAGAAUGUUAUUAAGUUGAAGAAUAAGUGCAGUUUGCAUCAAUGUCCUAUGAAAUGCUUCAGCUUUGACAUGCAUGACUGAGAAACAAGUGGUUUAUAUUUCAAGGUCUUAUUGUGGGCAGAUGCUGUGUGUGAGAUAGGCAAGAUGUUUCCCAUUCAGUAUCCCUGUGUCCUCAGUUCCUCUAUAUUUAUUAUUAGCCAAGACUGUGGGGCCCAUGUUACCUUGGGUCUACUCUUCACCUGAGGGAUUAUCACCACCACCACUACUACUAUAGUACUAGUACUACCAUAGUUUAUUUACAGUGAUACUAUAUAUCUCAAUGUUAAUAAUGAAAGAUACACCAUUGUGGCUAAUAGCUUGCUUUCAUUAUCUACAAUAUAAGCUAUAAUGACCACUUCCAGCAUUUUGCCUGAUGUUCUUUGUGUCGUCAUUGAUACACACAUUGCUAGGACCUUCAGCAUACAUCCAGUCUUCGAAGGGUGUGUCCUCCAACCAAACACAUGAUAGUUUACGUAGCUUGCAGUUAAGAGCCAGUGGUUAUCAUAUUGAGGCCAACACUAUAGAAGGAGUGAAGUUAUGUACCCUGGGUUUGGCAGCGAGUCAGCACCCAGCAUUGAGUAAGCUGCCUCUCCCUACUGCAGCUGCAUUGAUUCUAUGUUCGUACCAUGAUAUGUUGAGAGUUACAAUUAAAAGUUUUGUAUA